CGGUUUGAGGCAAUGGCGGGCGUGGCAACGUGGUCGAGGUCGCUCGAGGUAGAGUUCAUCGCGGCCAUCCGCGUCGUUGCGCGCGACCCGCGGUUGAUUGCGACGAGCGGCAAGAACUUGCGCGCCACCGGCUGGAGGACCGUGCUCGCGACGCUCGGCCCACACGCGCCAACGCUGCGGGACAUUGACCAACUGCGCUCCAAGUGGAAGCGCAUCAAGUCCGACUACACCGACUACGGCUACCUCUUGAGCCUCGAGCAAUUUGAGUCGGGCCUCACCGAUCGUCGGUGGGCGGACCUAGACGCCGAGCACAAUGGCAAGCAGCGCCUCUCGCGCUUUCGGUACGAGCCAUUUGCGCACUACGAUGAGAUGGUCAUGGCGCUGAGCGAAAUGCGCACAUUCAAGGGCGGCCUUCGCACCGCCAGAUCGGCCAACGCGACGACCGGCGACGACGACAGCCGCGAUGACGACAGCCAGGACGACGAGGAAAGCGACGUGGGCGCCGACGAUCAAGAAAUCCAGUCCGAGGAGGCGCCGGGUAAUGAUGCCGAGACGCUUGCUGCAGCGCCGCCAAAGACCCCAUCGCCAGUGAGGAAGCGCAAGCGGACUGAAGAUGACGAUACGAAGCGGCUGUUGAAAGACGCGGUGAAUGCGCUACAGGGCAUUGAAAGGUCGCUCGAGAGACUUGCGACAGCGUACAUGCAGAGGAAUUCACUGCCAAGAGCCACCGCGGGCGAGGAUGUCCACGUAUAGUAGCAGCUACUGGGUACUAGUCGGUACUAGAAUUCGAUAUGGCAACAAGCGUAUGGACCUGGUCUAUUGUUCGAGUG